AUGAGAAGUAAACCCUCUCAAAUAUUCUUAUCCAAAGUGGACUCGUCUGCUCGUCGAUUAUUACUUAUUGGUUACGGUAGUGUAUCACAAUGUACAUUGCCACUUUUAAUCGAUUAUUUUCUAUUAAAAAACCAAAUCAAUUCUAUAACAAUUAUCGAUGUAAUCGAUCAACGGGCGAGAAUUGAACCAUAUCAUAAAAGGUAUAAACAAAUUGUUUAUCAACAAGAAGAAGUAACUGAAAAAAAUUAUGAAAAAAUUUUAAGCAAAUAUUUAUCAGAAGGUGAUAUACUUCUUGAUCUUGCUGUUAAUCUUGAAACAAGAUGUUUAUUAAAAUGGUGUCAUGAUCAUAAAGUAUGCUUUGUUAAUACAUCUGUUGAAUUAUGGGAACCAUUUGGUGAGGCAUAUAAAAGUGAUCCACGUUUAUUAACAUUGUAUCAUCGACAAAUGCAAUUAAUUGAAAUGCAAAAUGAUACACAGUGGAAUAGAAAUGGUCCCACGGCUAUACUUGAUCAUGGUUGUAAUCCAGGACUUGUUUCACAUUUUGUUAAACGUGCACUUAUUGAUAUGGCACAAUAUGUACUUGGUGAAAAGAAAAAUUUAAUUUCCAUUGAUGAACGAUCUAAAUUACAGGAUGCAUUAGAAAUAAGAAAUUAUCCUCAAUUAGCUUAUUUAUUAGAUAUAAAAACAAUUCAUAUAUCAGAACGUGAUACACAAUUAACAAAAGAUCCAAAAAAAGUUAAUGAAUUUGUUAAUACAUGGUCUAUUGAUGGUCUUUGUGAAGAAGGUAUUGCACCAGCUGAAAUGGGAUGGGGAACACAUGAAAAAAUAAUACCAAAGGGAACAUUUUUUCAUAAUGAAAAAGAAGGUCCAUGUAAUCAAAUUUGUUUAGCUGCAAAAGGAAUGAAUACUUGGGUUCGUUCAUGGGUACCAAGUGGUGAAAUCAUUGGUAUGGUUAUAAGACAUGGUGAAGCAUAUGGUAUUUCAAAAUAUUUAACAGUUUAUAAUAAUGAUGAAAAUAAUAAUGAUGAUAAUAAUAAAACAGCUGUAUAUCGUCCAACUGUUCAUUAUGCAUAUUUACCAUCGGAUUCCACAAUAAAUUCUUUAGUUGAAUUUCGUAUGCAUAAUUAUAAAUUACAAUCAAAACUUCGUAUAUUAAAUAAUGAAAUAACUGAAGGUGCUGAUGAAGUUGGUGUUCUUUUACUUGGCGGUCGUUAUGUACAAGCUUGGUGGGCUGGUAGUGUACUUGAUAUUCAUGAAGCAAGAAAAUUAGUACCAGGACAAAGUGCAACAACAUUACAAGUAGCUAUAAGUGUUGUUGCAGCUAUUAAUUAUUGUAUUAAACAUCCGAAUGAAGGAAUAUGUUUACCAGAUGAUAUUGAUGUUGAUGAAGUUCUUGAUAUUUGUAUGCCAUAUUUGGGACAAUGGGUUUCGAAAUCAGCUGAUUGGCCAUCAAAAAACGAUAAAAUUAGAGAAGAUUGGCAAUUCACAUCGUUCUUAGUUGUGGAUUAA